GGGAGGAGAGAGAGGGGAGAGAGAGGGGGGAGGGAGCAGCUAUAUAAUUUAACAAAGAUUUCCUCUUUUAAAUAAAAUUUUCUUUGCUUUGGAGUUGCCUGAGCUGACAACCCACAAGUUUUGUUGCGGCUCUCCAACCUGGGACUCCCAGAAUAUCAUCAGUUACACUCUGAAAUUUCCACAAGACUCACUCAGAUUGCUUUUGUUUUCUUUUUGAUCCACCUAUAAUGCGUCCAAAUCUUCUGAUUUCAACUCUCACUCUCUUUCUAAGGCCUUCCGCUUCAGUCUUUUUUCCUUAUUCAGGAGGACUUUGAUACUUUCUACAACUGCUGGUGGUUCUGUAGCAUGAGUUCUCAAGGGUUCUUCAGUAGAAGGAGAACCUUUUGACACUUCCAUUAGCAACUGCUUGCGGUACUGUUGUGUGAAUUAUCAAGGGUCUUCUAAAGAUGGGUUCCAGAUUCCCAUCUCAUCAGCUUAGUAAUGGCCUCUAUGUAUCAGGACGGCCGGAGCAGCCCAAAGAAAGGACACCAACUAUGAGCUCAACAGCAAUGCCAUACACUGGUGGAGACAUCAAAAAGUCAGGAGAACUGGGGAAAAUGUUUGAUAUUCCCGUUGAUGGUUCUAAAUCUAGGAAAUCCGGACCAAUAACAGGAUCUUCUUCAAGGACAGGGUCUUUUGGAGGAGCUGGUUCUCAUUCAGGACCAAUUCAACCUAAUAAUGCUGCCCGUACUGUCUAUACUUCAGGUCCUAUGACUUCUGGAGGCAUGCCUGGUUCAGCUUCUAUGAAGAAAUCGAAUUCUGGACCUCUGAACAAGCACGGGGAACCUAUAAAGAAGUCUUCUGGUCCUCAGUCUGGUGGAGUAACACCAACUGGACGUCAAAACUCUGGUCCUCUUCCUCCUGUUCUUCCUGCAACAGGUCUCAUUACAUCUGGCCCCAUAUCAUCUGGCCCGUUAAAUUCUUCAGGGGCACCUCGGAAGGUUUCUGGUCCUUUGGAAGCCACUGGUUCAAUGAAGUUGCAAGGGUCUGCUGCUGUCCAUAAUCAUGCCAUAACUACUCUCAGUCAAGAUGAUGAGUAUUCCUUCAAAAGGAACUUCCCCAAGGCAAUGUUAUGGUCAUUAAUUCUGCUUUUUGUGAUGGGUUUCAUUGCUGGUGGUUUUAUUCUUGGAGCAGUGCACAAUGCCAUUCUCCUCAUUGUUGUUGUGGUGCUUUUUGGCUUAGUUGCUGCAUCAUUCACUUGGAAUACUUAUUGGGGAAGAAGAGCUAUUAUGGGAUUUAUUGGUCAUUAUCCAGACUCAGAGCUUAGAACAGCGAAAAAUGGGCAAUUCGUGAAGGUCUCUGGGGUUGUUACCUGCGGUAAUAUGCCUCUUGAGUCAUCUUUCAAUAAAGUCCCUAGAUGUGUAUAUACAUCAACAAGUUUAUAUGAGUACCGAGGAUGGGAAUCAAAAGCAGCCAAUCCUACUCACCGCCGAUUUACCUGGGGCCUUAGAUCACUGGAAAGGCGCGUGGUGGACUUCUACAUCUCAGAUUUUCAGUCUGGUUUGAGAGCAUUGGUUAAAACUGGGUAUGGAGCAAGGGUAACCCCUUAUGUUGAUAACUCAAUUGUCAUCGACAUUAAUCCAGCCAAAGAUGAGCUGUCUCAGGAGUUCCUCAGGUGGUUGAGUGAGAGAAAUCUUUCGAGUGAUGAUCGCAUCAUGCGGUUGGAAGAAGGGUAUAUCAAGGAAGGAAGUACGGUAAGUGUAAUGGGGGUCGUUCAGAGGAAUGAGAAUGUGCUCAUGAUCGUUCCUCCAUCUGAGCCAAUCACAACAGGAUGCCAAUGGAGCAAGUGUAUUUUCCCUGCAAGCCUCGAGGGCAUUGUUCUUAGAUGCGAGGACACAUCGAAGAAUGAUGUGAUCCCGGUCUAAGCAAGCGAUAUGCAAUGUGAUGUGCGGAAUGUUUGCAGCGUCUAAUUGGCCCUUCUCACUUCAAAGAAGUAUAACUAUCCCCUCUAGUAUUAGUGGUUGUGGGAUAUCUGAUUGACUGAUUAUCAUUAUUGUAUUUUAGCUUUAAGGUGGCAAGGUUGUGUUCUUUUUUCCUACGUGCUAGAUUGUUGUAUAGCUAGCUUGUUCAGGGUUGGUUUGGUAUUAUUCUUCGUUUAGGGAAUGUAAGCUUUG